CAUUUUUUUCUCUAUCAAGGCCCCGUUAUACUGCACAAAUAAUAUUGGAUGAGUGGCUUUCCACUAAGAAAACUGACUUCCCCUCUCCCAGAAGCUGACAAGGCCAGUAGCUCCUUAGUUAGGGGUGGGACUUUCUGUCAAACUCCACUCUGUGCUGGGAUGUGGUCUAGCUUGGGCUAACACAGCCCGUCUGCAUGCUGUCUUAACUACUAUAAGUUUAUUUGUGCAGCAGCCUCAAUGUGUCCAGAAGACAGGGUUACUUUGUAGAUAUCCCCUGCCUCUGGCUUACACUUUUUAUGCCUCCUCUUCUGAAAUGAUCCCUCAGCCUUCGGAAGAGGGAGUGUGUUCCUUUUAAAAUAAAAUUAUGUGUACAUGUCUAUGCGUUGUUGUGAACUCAGACAUGGUGGCACAUACCCUUAACCUCCACAUUAAGGAGACAGAGGCAGGUGUAUCUUUUUAUUUUUAAUUUUUUUAAUUAGGUAUUUUCUUCAUUUACAUUUCCAAUGCUACCCCAAAAGUCCCCCAAACCAUCCCCCGACUCCCACUUCUUGGCCCUGGCAUAGGCAGGUAUAUCUUUAUGAGUUCUAGGUUAGCCUGGUUUAUAUUAUUCCAGACCAACUAGGGCUACACAUUGAGACCCUGUUCCAAAACAAAAACCACAAACAAACAAGCAAAAACCUAAAGGCUGGUGAGAUGGUUUAGUGGAUACAGGUGUCUGCUUUUAAGCCUGGUGACUUGAGUUCCAUCCUUGGGGUCCACAGUGGAAAAAGAAACCUGACCUCUGCAGGUUGUCUAUGUUACAUCCCCAAGUAACUGCAAUAGAUUCUUCAUUGAUAAAAGUUUAACAAAAAAGAAAAAACAGAACAUAAAAUGAACAACUCAUGUCUGAGUAUGUAAUAGAUCAGCAACACCUCAAUACAGUUCCUCAUGUUGUGUGGCCCCCAACCAUAACAUUAUUGUGUUGCUACUUCAUAACUGUAAUGGUGCUACUGUUAUAAAUUGUAAUGUAGACAUCUGAUAUGCAGGAUAUCUGAUCUGUAAACCUGGAGAAAGGGUCACUUGAUGAUCUGUAAGCCUUAGGACCCACAGGUUGAGAACCUCUGCAAUAGUGUGGUGCAGGGCUUCACUAGGGAAGACGCCUUAGGUUCCAUUUCCUAGCAUCAUGAGAAAAGUGUUCUCUUCUUCAGUGUCUUCUGUCUGCCAUCAUUCAUAUAUAUAUAUAUUCUCUUUUGAAGAGUCUGUGUAUCUCUGGAUAGACUGCAAGUCUUUUUUUUUUUUUUUUUUUCCUUUUUGGUUUUUCAAGACAGGGUUUCUCUGUGUAGCCUUGACUGUCCUGGAACUCACUCUGUAGACCAGACUGGCCUCAAACUCAGAAAUCCGUGUGCCUCUGCCUUCCGAGUACUAGGAUUAGAGGCAUGCGCCACCACGCCUGGCUUGUGUGGAACAGGCUAGCACAGACCUUGUAGUGAUUCUCCGGACUCUGCCACUACACCCAUCCUACUAUCUUUAUUUUUACUGCAGUGUUGGGGAUUGAAUUUAAGCCCCAGAUACAUUACUCUGUUUUAAAAUUCAGGAGUAGGAAGGUAUGGGUGGUGCAUGCCUUUAGUCUCAGCACUUGAGAGACAGAGGCAGGUGGAUCUCUGAGUUCAAGGCCACUUUGAUCUACAGAGUGAGUUCCAGGACAGCCAGAGCGACAUAGUGAGACCUUGUCAACUCAAGAGAGUCCUUUCAGGUAAGAAUUUGUGAUUCUAGUGGGUUCUAGUACUCACUAGUUUUUAUAUUAUACAAGACUAGCUUUUGUUAUUCACCUAGCCCCUGCUGCCAUUGAGUUAGCAAUUUUAAAGGUCCCUCUUUUACAAAUCACAUAGCCAGAAUAUUACUCUCUGGCUCUCGGAGAGUGCUCAUUCAUUCGAUACUAUGGAGACAAAGUCUAUGCUGCACAAUAUUGUACUUAUUAGCAAGCUGCAUGUGAUUUCUGAGUUCAUUAAACAUUUCUGGUUGACUGAAAUGUGGAAUAAGUACAAAAUAAGUAUUUUAAAACUUUUAUCUACUUUUAUUUUUUACAUCCUAUGGAUGUUUUGCCUGCAUGUCUGUGCACCUCACGCAUGCAGUGCCUGCAGAAGCUAGAAUGCAUUAGAUCCUCCGUAGCUGGAGCUGUUAGUUGAACCCUGGUCCUGUCUAAGAGCUACACUCUCCACAAAUACUCUUAACCGCUGAGAUCUCUCUUCAGCCCCUAAACACUGGUUUCUGAAAAAGUAAGGGAAAACACCAAUCUUGGAUGAGUGUGGCAUUUCAGGACUUUAAUUCCUAGCACUUCGGAGGCAGAAGCAGGCGAUCUCUGGGAGUUCAGGCAUGUCAGGGUGACAGAGUGAAACCAUGUCUUAAAAAUGAAAUGGAUUAAUAUCGAUUACAAAUUAUUUUCUAAAAUUAAUGAAUUUUUAGAGACAUGUCCUGGAAUUCACUAUGUAGAUCUGGGUGGCCUUGCAAGAGAUCUACUUCUCUCUGCCUACCAAGUUCUGGGACUAAAGGCAUGAGCCACCACACCUGGCCUGAUUUGAAACUGAUGCGGUUAAAAAUACCAGUGAAAUCAAUUUUGUUAAUAAUGUAGCAAGUGGAACAUUUAAGUUGUACACUGUAGUUAGCCAUAUAUGUUUUUACUUGACAGAACUGAAUGCACCUCACGAAAAUUUCUCAAGGGCUUCGAGAGGUAAACAUUCUUCCCAAUUCUAUUGUCCUGCUCAUCCCUUGUGUUUCAUUCCUCCUUGUUGACCAGGAUUCGGUAAAUCCUUCUGCUUCAUUGCCAUAGAGCAGAGACACCCCUGGAAGUCCAGAUUCUGAGGAUGUAAGCAGAGGCCCGCGACCAGCAAGUGCAAAUCCUACUCCUGUGAGAUUCCAGUUGCAUGCCACAGCUAAACACCUUAGGUCUGUCUUUUUUCGCUCUCUUUUUUCCUCUCUCUCUCUCUUUCUUUCUUUCUUGUUUGUGCGUGGGCCUGUGACUUAUUUCCUAUUUUGGUCUCGAAAAUUGAUGGGGCGGGGCACCCGGGAUAAACUUUUCCGAGGAAGCAAAGUAAGUUUGGCAGACGGUAGAACGGAUGAAAAAAUUCCUGAAGGUAACCUGGAGGUGAGGAGGUCAAUUUCGGGCCUACCCACUCCAUCUCCAGCAAUUCGACACGAGGGGAAAAUGUCAGGGAAACGGAACCUGAGGUAAGCGGUUCUCGGUGCGAGGAGGAAGGAGCGAGCGCACAGCCCAAGUUUAGUUCAGCAGAGAGUCUGCCAUAAUAACUGUCCCCGGCGGGAGCAGACCACCGGCUGGCCGGCGUUCUUCGACUCCAUCAGAACAGUUGGCCUUCGCCCGGGUCUUUCCCGGCUCACCCUGAGCCGCGCCGCCGCCGCCGCCGCCAUCUUACACACGAUUAUCGCGAUACGUCCUCAGCCGUCAGUCGCCAGGCUCAUUUUCCAGCGAGUCUCUUUUCCACGGUUCUCGUCGGCGCCGAGGGAGGUAUCGCGAGAGUUGGUUGCCUUGGCUCCCUGUAGCUAUAGCAGCCGCGGCGGUUGAGGAUGCGACGGCGGGAGCGCUCUCUGGCACAGCUGGCUAUUCUCAUCUCAGAAGAAAGGAGAAGAGACUUUCUGAAGAUCUGGUAGAGAAGAUAGAAGAAAUUUGGAAUACAACCAAAAGGUACAGCAAGGAACAUCAACAGCAGCCCUACCGAGAACGCAGACAAACUUCUCGGCUUGUGGUGUCUCCUCAGUUGUUCAGAGCUUGAGUUUUGCUCGAGGAUGAUGAGACAAGGCACUAAGAGGGCAAGGAGGAGUGUGCUAGGUUCCUGCCACUUCCUCCGGGCUUCAGUCCACAAGAAGCAUUGUAAGAAGGGCUGAAGAACAAGCUGUGCUUGGUCCUGAAUACUGUUGACUUGAGGAUUCCAUCUGUUUCACCAGGCGUGUAGGGAGGCCGUUUUAGCAACAUAGCUUCCUUAGCAGUACUUAAAGACUUUUCUCUGCAUUGGUCAUGUGCCAAGUUACAUUUUGAACAUUGGGGCAGGUGAAGGAAGGACAGCUUUGGCACCUGGAUCUAAGGAGACACCUGAAUUCCCCGAGCUUACAGAUGUGAUGUUUGGGAAGAUCUAAACUCAGCCUUUAAUUGGAACAAUUUUCUGGAUUUUUUUUUUUUUUAAAGACUUCAAAAGGCACAGUUCCUUGCCUAUCAAAAAGACAUAAAGCCCCCCUUUCCCCCUUUGGGCUAAUGUGAACAAUAAUGUCUUGGAAAAGAAAUUACUUUUCUGGAAGCCGAGGUAGUGUUCAAGGGAUGUUCGCACCUCGGAGCUCAAUGUCCAUUGCCCCCAGCAAAGGCCUCAGCAAUGAGCCAGGGCAAAACAGCUGCUUCCUCAACAGUGCCCUGCAGGUUUUGUGGCACUUGGACAUCUUCCGCCGUAGCUUUCGGCAGCUUACAACUCACAAGUGCAUGGGUGAUUCCUGCAUCUUCUGUGCUCUCAAGGGCAUCUUUAACCAGUUUCAGUGUAGUAGUGAAAAAGUGCUUCCUUCCGACACUCUCCGCAGUGCUCUGGCAAAGACUUUCCAAGAUGAACAACGCUUCCAGCUGGGGAUUAUGGAUGAUGCUGCAGAAUGCUUUGAAAACCUCCUGAUGAGAAUUCACUUCCAUAUUGCUGAUGAAACCAAAGAGGAUAUAUGUACUGCUCAACACUGCAUAUCCCACCAGAAAUUUGCAAUGACAUUGUUUGAGCAGUGUGUGUGCAGCAGCUGUGGCGCCACGUCCGACCCGCUGCCCUUUAUCCAGAUGGUGCACUACAUCUCCACCACUGCCCUCUGUAACCAGGCUAUUUGUAUGCUGGAAAAGCGAGAGAAACCCUCACCAAGUAUGUUUGGUGAGCUGCUUCAGAAUGCCAGCACCAUGGGGGACCUGCGGAACUGUCCGAGCAACUGUGGGGAGAGAAUCCGGAUCCGCCGUGUCUUGAUGAAUGCACCACAGAUUAUCACGAUUGGUCUGGUUUGGGACUCAGAGCAUUCAGACUUGGCAGAGGACGUCAUCCACAGCCUGGGCACCUGCCUUAAGCUGGGUGAUCUGUUUUUCAGAGUGACAGAUGACCGGGCCAAGCAGUCUGAACUAUACUUAGUAGGAAUGAUCUGUUACUAUGGCAAGCAUUAUUCUACAUUCUUUUUUCAAACAAAGAUCCGCAAAUGGAUGUAUUUUGAUGAUGCUCAUGUCAAGGAGAUUGGUCCGAAGUGGAAGGAUGUGGUCACCAAAUGCAUUAAAGGGCACUAUCAACCCUUGCUGCUGCUCUAUGCAGACCCCCAGGGUACUCCAGUGUCUGCCCAGGACCUGCCUCCCCACGCUCAGUUCCUGCCAUACACCAAGACAUGCUACGAUAGUGAAGACUCAGGUUUUCUAAAAACCCCACAGUUUUUCACAGUGGCAGGCAAAGUGAGGGCUUCAGCAAGGGAGGGAGCCUUCCAUCUCAAGUGACACUCGAACAGAUUCCUCAACGGAGAGCUAUCCCUACAAACAUUUUCACCUUGAGUCUGUGGUCAGUCACUUCUCUUCAGAUUCUCAGGGGACAGUCAUCUAUAAUGUGGAGAAUGAUUCCGUGUCUCAGAGCAGUCGGGACACAGGACACCUGACUGAUAGUGAAUGUAAUCAGAAACACACAUCGAAGAAAGGGUCCCUGGUGGAGCGCAGGAGGAGCAGUGGCCGUGUUCGGAGAAAAGGCGAUGAGCCACAGGCCUCAGGGUACCACAGCGAAGGAGAAACACUGAAAGAGAAGCAGGCUCCUAGGAAUGCCUCUAAAUCCAGCAGCAGCAGCAGGCUAAAGGAUUUCAAAGAGACAGUCAGCAACAUGAUCCACAGCAGGCCUUCCCUGGCUUCUCAGACCAGUGCAGGAUCUCCCUGUGUAGGUAGGGCAGGAGACCAGCUAGACAAGAUACCACCAAGGAACUUCCCUUUACAGGCUCGGGGCUGGGAAACGGAGAGUACCAGUAGUGAGGCAAAAUCCAGUUCUUCCAGCAAGUACCGCCCAACAUGGAGACCUAAACGAGAAUCUCUAAAUAUUGACAGCAUUUUUAGUAAGGACAGAAGGAAGCAUUGUGGCUACACCCAGCUUAGGACCUUUCCUGAAGAUGCAGCUAAAGAAUUUACACCGGAUGAAGUAAGCAAGCCAACUGCUAAUGACAUUAAAGAUGGCGGAUCAAGGUCACAGCAUAAACUCUGGGGAACAGCUCGGCCAGGCUCUCAUCUUUUAGAGCAGCAUCCUCGCCUAAUCCAGCGGAUGGAAUCUGGCUAUGAGAGCAGUGAGAGGAACAGCAGCAGCCCUGUCAGUUUGGAUGCUGCCCCGCCUGACAGCGUGAAUGUCUACAGGGAUCAAAGCACAAAGAGGCCUGUUGGGUUUGUCCCUUCUUGGCGUCAUAUUCCAAAGUCUCACAGCAGUAGCAUCCUGGAGGUAGACUGUACAGCACCCAUGACCAGCUGGACAAAGACUCAACCUCUCUCAGAUGGGGAGGUCACCUCUAGAAGUGAAUUGGAUGAACUACAGGAAGAAGUGGUCAGGCGAGCCCAGGAACAGGAGCUGCGGAAGAAACGGGAGAAGGAAUUAGAGGCUGCUAAAGGCUUUAACCCUCAUCCCAGCCGCUACAUGGAUUUGGAUGAACUGCAGAAUCAGGUGCUGGCCCUUUCAGGGAGGAGUGACGGCUUUGAAAGGUCCUUGCAAGAGGCAAAUUCAAUAUUUGAAGAGUCGCUGCAUCUGGAACAAAAGGGAGACUGUGCUGCAGCUCUGGCUCUGUGUAACGAAGCUAUCUCUAAACUAAGACUUACCCUGCAUGAUGCCAGCUCUAGCACGCACAGCAGAGCCCUAGUCGAUAAGAAGUUGCAAAUCAGUAUUCGAAAAGCACGAAGCCUUCAGGAUCGCAUGCAGCAACAAGCAUCAUCGCAGCAGCCGGUGCAGCCCUCAGCCUCUCUCCCAUCACAGGGGGGCGCCCUCCCUCAGCCGACAAGUGAACAGCCUAUCACGCUCCAAGUAUUGUUAAACCAGGAGGCACAGCUGGAACCUUGCAAGGAUACAGAGCUUGGGGCCACUUCCUCUUUCUUCCACUCACCUGCUUCCUGCCCUGAGUUACACUCAUCACUCAUCCCAGAGUCACCUGUUUCAUCUGUUUCACAGCACAGUCCCCCUGGGACAUCUUCCUUGAAGCUUCUGACGUCUUUUGAGGUGGACAGCGUCAAUCGCUCUGCAUUCCACAGGCAGGGUUUACCUAAAGCAACAGGUAGAACUGAGAUGAACUCUCAACAUGAAUGCCUGCCAUUAGAUGCCCUUGAAGAUAGGCUCCAAGGCCACAGGGAGGACAACAGCUGUUGCAGCAAAUUCCCACCACGAGAAGGAAGAGACAUAGCUCAAGAUCAGCUGUUUGAAGGAAAAAAGAAUCCUGCUGAUAUAUCCAUGGGGAUGCCUUGGUCAUAUUCAACAGGAGAAGCCACUUCUGAGAGAGUUAUAUAUAGCCUAAAUAGUCCUUCAAGUUCAUCAGCUCAGCCUAGUAUUCCCCCUUACAGUUCCUGCCACCCCAUCACGUCUGCUGCUUCUUCACCUGUGCUUCAUGCUGCUGACCCCAUGCAGAAACUUAACCAACACGUUCAAGCCCAAAGUCUCCAGACUUCAUUGACUUCAAAAGUGGUCAGAAGCAGUGAGGAGCCCUAUAGGCUAGAGUUCCCCAGUACAAAAGGACUUGUCCGCUCAUUGGCAGAGCAAUUCCAGAAGAUGCAGAAUACUUCCACGAGAGAUGUUAUAGGUUCCCAGGAUAGAAGUUUGCCAAAUGGUGUCAGGAAGAGCUCUUCUCCUUCUGACUUUAUGCCUCCAUUAUCCCAGGGUCCAGGAAGAGAGCACUGUCGCUGGGUAAAACAACCCCGUUCCCCCGAUGGCAGGGAAAGACCGCCCUGCUGGGAAGACCCUGCAGCUCAUCCUCCUCUUUCCAUGGGCUCGGGGCUUCCUGAUGGUGAAACCUCGAGGACAGCACAGCCCAGGCUGGCUGAGCCAGAUAUGUACCAAGGAAAGCUACCCCAAGUGACAGAUAUUAGGUCCAAGGAGCUGGGUAGUAGUGUCAAUUUGGGGACUUCUUUGCCUUUGGAUUCUUGGGUAAAUGUCACAAGGCUCUGUGAUUCUCAGGUUAAACCCAGUGCCCCUGGGCCCGGAGACAAGUCCUCCUCCCAUGAUUCCCACCCACGUGCAACCUGCCUAGAAAGAAGUCCUAUCCUUUUGCAUCCACACUGGGACCAAGACACAGAGCAGGAGACCUCUGAACUGGAGUCUCUCUACCAAGCCAGCCUUCAGGCCUCUUCUCACACUGCCUAUUCUGAUUGGAGAUCACAGGAUGUGGCCUGGCAGCCACUUAGCCUAGCAGGCUCUGCAGAUGGCAUGGGAAGGAGACUGCACUCAGCCCCUGGGCUUGAUCUCUCAAAGCCUCUGACAGCAGAGAUGGAGCAUGUCCUUUAUGAACCGAGCACAGUGCCUGUCUCUCAGGAUUCAUCAAACGUGAGGAAAAAGACUUUGGAAACCGGGCACCAUUGUUCCAGCUCCUCUUCCCUCCCUGUCAUCCAUGAUCCUCCUGUAUUUCUCCUUGAUCCUAAACUCUACCCUCCCCAACCACAGUUCCUGUCCCCAGAUGUCCUGAUGCCCAGCAUGGCAGGGGAGCCCUAUAGACCCCCAGGAACUUCAAGGAGUGUCCACCAGUUUCUGGCUAUGUGUGACAGGGAUGAAACUCCCCAAGGGGUCAAGUACACAGGAAGGACUUUGAACUACCGAAGUCUACCUCAUCGUUCCAGAACUGAUGCUUCCUGGGGACCAGGGUCAGAGACCAACCAGCACAUUGGGGCCAGAGUCCUAACUAUGCCAGCAUGCAAGCCUCAGCUAACCUACACUGCCACACUACCAGAAAGACACCAGGGCCUUCAGGUUCCACAUGCUCAGUCCUGGGGGAAUCUUUUCCACUCACCCUCCCAUCCUUCUGCUGUUCACCCAGGGUCCCCACCAUCCAGCAAUCUUCAUGUACCCCUUAGGUCAACUUGGAAUUCUGGUCCUGUUCUGGGGUCCCGAACACCUGGUCCACGAAGAAUAGACAUGCCCCCAGAUGAUGACUGGAGACAGAGCAGUUACCCCUCCCAGGACAGACACAGGAGCCCAGGAGAGGAAAGAAUUAUGUUUGCUCUAUCAAAUGCUGCUGGAAGAGAGCAGAACAGGGUGAGAUUUCUACAGCACAGCAGGUGGUAAGGGCCACCCUAACCUGCCCUGGAGCUACACCUUCAUCCAUAAAACUGUACGGCGGCGCAGUGACACCUUGUUUCCUGCCAGUUAUGCCAGUCUCAUCUCAACAGACUUGGCCAUUUCAUUCCAGGCACCAUAUGCCUGUAAUCCCAGUAGUUGGGAGGUAGAGAUUGGGGAAUCAGCAUUUCAAGGCCAGAGACUGGGGUAAAAAGAGACUGUUUGUUGUUGUUGUUGUUUUGUUUUAAAGAACAGAACCACAACAACAAAGAAGACAUUGAUUUUUUUUUCCCCUAAGGGUGUUUGCUGCUUUGAGAGGGAAUAUUUGAAAUUCCAGCUUUAGAGUUGGGGAUGUAGCUCAAUUGGUAGCGUGUUUUUGUAACAUGCACAUCAGCCAUGGUUCUAUCCUUAGAAGUGUGUGAAACUGACCAUGGUGGUGCACAACUGUCAUCCUAGCACUUGGGAGACAGAGGGAGGAGGAUCAGAAGUUCAGGGUUAUCCUUGGCUACAUAACAAGUUCUAGACUAGUCUGGACUACUUUAGUUCUGGUUCUUUUGGCCCCAUCUCCAUCAGAGCCCUCAUCUUCUGGUCCUACUAUACUCCCAACUUACACUCUUUGUUUAUCCACCUGUCCAUAUUACUUAACAUUCUUUCUUCCCUAUUUCGUAUCAAUGGAAAAGGGGUAUUUAUCCCCAUAGUCAGGAUUCUGACCACGUCCUUAAGGGAAGCCCAACUGCCCAGGUAUUAUGGCCUGUCAGCCUUCCUUGUGACUCAGACUUUAGGCCUAGAAUGUGGAGCUGCCAAUACACUGUUUGCCCUUCUGAACAGAUGGAGUUGGGCACACUAACACCCCUCCUGUCCUUAGCAGCAGAGCCAUUACUACCACUGCUCACUCACCCUUGUAAACUCUCAAGAGUCAGCUAAAGUAUUUUAGGGCAAAGCAUACUGGUUUUGUAAAGUAUUUUUCAUUAAUAAAUCUAUAAGAUAGUUGUAUUUAA